UUAAAAAAAUUGAAAUAUACUAACCACAGAUGGUAAAUAGGCCGACCUGGUUCAGAUUCUAUGAGUUCAAGUCAAAUACCCUAAUUGUUGCACCUAAGAGUACUUAUGGAAAUAUCGCAGCUCAAAUAUCUGUGGGUGCAGCCUUUGCGUUGACGAUGUUAUUAGCCAGGAUUGUUUUCAAAGAAAUUGAUCAGUAUCCGAUUUGGCAGAGAAGAUUGCAUGAUAAAAGAACGCAGAAAAUGGCAUUUGACUGGAUGAUUAAAGUCUAUGCUGAGAAAGAAGAAUCCGCCCUGAAUGAGUUCAGUUUGUAUUAGAAAGAAGUCAAUUUUU